AUGGCCUUCACCAACCUCACUUCGGAUUUCCGGUUUCUUUAUGACAAGAAACGUAGCCAGAUCCCAGAAAGCAAGCGCCGCAAACUCACUCGCGUGCCAAAACCAUCUUCGGACCAGCCGUCUCUCGGCAAGGAGUUCAUCGCGGAAGCAUAUGUCGUAUUGAAGCACAUAACGACGCUUACACGCAUGCUGGCGAGCAUUCGUAAGCCCUACCUUGACGUGCAUUCCCGUGCGCCGGGGUUCGCGCGGUCGCAGGCGCGGAAUAUCGACCUAUCAGGCGGAGUGGAGCGCGCAUGGGAUGGCGUCAAGUAUCUCACAGCGGAAGAGCGUGAUCAGAUCGAUGUCCAGGCGAGGGUCAUCCUCAGCCGGUGUGCCAACAAGGUGAAGGAGAUGGAAGCGCUAGAGAGCCGCCGCGCGGAACUCGUUGCAUCCAAUGCGAACCCGCUAGCACGAUUGUUACCCACGCGGCUUCUCCCUCCGGACGAGUCGAGAAUGUCUUCCGCUGCCGUUGCCGCCCACCAUGCAAGCGUCACCUGGUAUCUCAGCCGAAGGCUCGCAGAGGCGAGCGAGGCUCAGAGGGAGAUGCAAGAGGAGCGCAUGAGGCGCCAGCUUGAGCGCACGAAGACGCUGGGGAGCGGUGCAGCACGGGAAGCUCUGGCAAUUGGCAUAUCAGAGCCACCUGGUAUGGCUGCAUCGACGAGCAGCAGCAUCACCAGUAGUUGGCUGGGAGGUGCCGCCUCCAGCAUAGCUGCCUCCAUACGUGGUAACGACAGUUCGCCGCAACCUUCGUACCCAACGCCUACGGACUCCGAACUUGGCUCGGAGGACGAGGACGAGAUAGAGCUCUCUCAAUCGCAAAUCCUGCAGUUCGAAUCCGAGAACGCCGCGAUUUUGCAAAACGUCCAGGAUACGCUCGCAUCCGUACAGCAGGCCGAAUCGCGAAUACUGGAAAUCAGCGCGCUGCAGACCGAGCUCUUGACGCAUCUCCAAACUCAGACGCAGAUUACCGAACAGCUCUACGAAGAUGCCAUUGCCGCUACUGGGCAGGUCGAAAAGGGCAACGUGCAGCUGCGCGAAGCGAAACGGAGGGCGAAGGACUCCCGCUUGUUCGUCCUCGUGUUCUUGAUUGGAGCCAGCCUUAGCUUGCUAUUCCUACACUACUACUAG